CAUGUUACAGGGAGUGGUGGUAGAAGAGUCAUUGUGGCAGUUCCUAUUAAUCUAUCUAUUCCAUUCAUUCAUUGAAAGCUUGUCCCACUUCAUCUUUCUUUCUUUCUUCCCACAAAUCUCUCUUCUCUUCUCUUGCAACCAAAACCUCAGUGUCACCAACUCCAUCAUCUUUCAGUUUCAAGUUUCAACUAUCUUACAAGCACACACUUCAAAUUCCAUUUCUUUUAAUCCAAACCAAACAAAACAACCAUCGAUCAUAAAAAAAUCUACCAAUUUUCUGCACAAUCCAGUGUCUGAAUUUGUAAUCCUCUUCGUAAAUCGAGUCAACACUGCUCAGAAACCAAAGUUUUAGAGCACAAUGGAAUCUGAAAAUGGAGUUGCAAUGGAGGAUGAGAAACAUGUUAUUGGGGAAACAGCCACCCUAAUGCAGAAAUUCAGGCCCAGAAUGAAGUAUCUGAACCCACAAUAGAACCUGAAAGCCACAAUUCAACAACAAGUAAGAUCCCAAAACGUUCCAAGGUACCAUAUACAGUGUAUCAGAAUCGUUUAUCGUCAAUGAAACAGUACCGCACAUAGUACAUGAUGGACCACUUUAACUACAGAGGCCAAACAUUUCCAAGAGCCUUUCUUUCCCAGCCAAAUCAGCUCGCGGAGAUGGUAUGAAGAAAAGCACUGAUGGAAUUCUUCUGAAGACAGAAAAUAAGCUUGCCAAUCAAGGUAAUGGGGUUAGAUCUUCGACUUUCGAGCAGGUUGACAAACUCUGAAGUAAACUCUAAGGAGGCAAAGACAAAUCCUGGAAAUUCUAACCAAAGGACUUCUUUGACAUCCACGAAUAGCUUUAAAUGCUCUGUGUUUGGAAGGUCUACUUCGGUUAAGGCAGUUGUGAAGAGUGUUACAUCUGAGGCAUCCGUACCUGUUGAUCAGAUUUCAAACCCAGCAAAAACUGAAAAAUCAAAUAAAGAGGAUGAUGAUUCUCAUUCCACUACUUCAAGUGCUACGCGGAGGAAUAGUGGUUCUGGAUUUUCCUCCAGAUUGCAAGAACGAGCUGAAAAGCGGAAGGAGUUCUUCUCGAAGCUAGAAGAGAAAAUUCAGGAAAAGGAGGCAGAGAAAACUAAUCUGCAAGAGAAAUCAAAGGAAAACCAGGAGGCGGAGAUCAAGCAAAUGAGGAAGAAGAUGACAUUCAAAGCCGCUCCAAUGCCAAAUUUCUAUAAGGAACCUCCUCCAAAAGUUGAACUGAAGAAGAUACCUACAACACGCCCAAAAUCCCCAAAACUUGGAAGGAACAAAGGAUCUGCUGUGAACACCAAUUUAGAGGAUAAAUCUUGUUCUAGCCCUCGUGUGAAGCAACAGCUGAAUGAUUCAACCAAGGCAAAGGUAAAGGGAUAUAAAGAUGUGAUUUCAAAGAAACCAAACAAAAAAUCUCAAGCCAAGCUGCAGCCUCAAGAAACCGCAACCAACAACAACAAAACCGAAAGUGAUUCUACAAGUAAGGUCUCAGAAACCAACCAAGAUGCAAAAGCUGGUGUAGGAAGCAAUGAAGAAUGUCAAGAUCUACCAGUUAGCAAUGCUGAAUUCCAAAAUGGCAUGGUCCAAAAUGACCUUGCUGAGAAUGGUGAUCUAGACUUGAAUACAUACACAGCCGAGAUUGUAUCAUAUGAGGUUACUGUUGGAGUAUAGAUUCAUGUACCUGGAAAGCAUUUAUUCAUAUUACCAGUUAUUUCAUUAUUAUUAUUAUUGUGAAUAUAGAGGUUUGCUUCAUAUUCAUCAUAAACAUGUAUUGCAUUGAAGAUAGUUGCUUCUUUUAUUAAAUUGUUACUGUUUGUAAUGAAUUGUAAGAGAGCCUUGUGAAUUCAUGAUUUUGCAAUCGGUUAA